AUGACUACUGUUGAUCCUGCACAACUGAAGAGGACUAGAACUGGCCACAGGGGAGUAGCCACCAGAAGGAUAGGAGAGGUUGAGGCCAUUUUAGCAUCUCCAGAUCCAGGCAAGAUUAGGCUAGUCCAGCUCAGACUUGGAAUUAGGGAGACACUUGACAGUCUCAGACAACUGGAAAAGGAUCUUCUACCGCACAUACCUGAGGAUGAGGUGACUAAUGAAAUUGAACGGAACGAGAAGGUAAAGGACGAGAUAUUUGCUGCGUUAGCCAAAAUUGAGUCAUUGCUUUCAGAGACUGCAGCUACUACUGCUCCAACAUCACCAGCCGUGAUAGCUCCUCCUCGUACGACAAGAUUACCAAAACUCACUCUCAAGAGCUUUCACGGGAAUCUCACUGGUUGGGGGGUAUUUUGGGAUGCUUACAAGGCGGCUGUUCAUCUAAAUACAAGUCUGUCUGAUGCAGAGAAAUUUGCAUAUCUCAAUUCAUUACUGGAGGGAAAGGCCAGAGAAGCUGUCGCGGGAUUGUCCAUUACAGACGCGAACUACACAGAAGCAGUAACUAUACUGGAGAGCUGA